AUGUUCCUGGAUUAUUUGGCCAGGAAAUAUAAGGAAUAUAAACUGCGACAUUUAUUAAUGCUACUCGUGUUGUUUUUGUAUAGUUUAAUUGGUGCGAUUUGUUUUGUCGCACUUGAAAAACAUAAUGAAAAAGAAAAGCGAUUUCGGACAAAAGUUGAAUUUAUCGAGCGAAGUGUAGCAGCUAAACGAAUAUUAGUCAAUCACAUAAAGAAUUAUUGUUCACAGAAAACGACACUAUCAUCACUAACUGUAUGGAAACAACUCCGAACAGCCAUAGCAGACUAUGAUAAAACAAUGGGAAUUAACCUCGAAAAUGAAGCACCACUGAAAUGGACUCUUUGGGGUGGAUUAUAUUAUGUGAGUACCGUCUAUACAACAAUUGGUUACGGUGACAUUGCACCUGAAACAACAGCUGGUCGAGUUAUAACGAUGUUUUAUGCAAUUGUUGGGAUUCCAUUGGUCAUAACAGUGAUUAGCGACUGGGGCGCUCUAUUAUUUGCACUCGUUCGUAUGCUGUGGGCGAAAAAUUCUUAUCGAACGUUUCAUUUUAUAAUGAAUUUGGGAAUAUUUCGACAAAAGAUAUCAGGCUUUAAUGUUAGUUUUUUUUCUGAAUUUUCUUGUUCCGGUAUUAUUCCUCAAAUGAUCUCAGGAUUCGGUGACAUAACGUUGCAUCCGAAAGCAGCUGUCUAUUAUUUUUUAUUAAUAAUGAUCGGCUUAGCUGUGGCUACAAUGGCCUUUAAUACGAUUCAGAUGCAAAUUGAAAAAAUAUUUACAAAAAUUGUAAAUUCGAUUAAUAGUGACUUCAAAAAUUCCUUAUUAGGUUUGUUGAAAAUUUUACAGCUUUUUCAGAAUUUAUUCGUUAAUAAUUUUCAUUUGUGCCAUUUUUAA